AUGGGUAUCAAGUCGUCUAUGGGUCGUGUGCUUAGUGUGGAUCCUCUCGUGUCUCUUUGGAGCUUCGCAGUAACACUCCAUACAGACUUGGGAGAUUUAAAAGUGGAGUUAUUUUGUAUGCAGGCACCCUUAGCUUCAGAGAACUUUUUAGCAUUAUGUGCUUCGGAUUAUUAUAAAGGCUGCAUAUUUCAUCGUAAUAUCAAAGGAUUUAUAGUGCAGACUGGGGAUCCUACUGGAACUGGCAAAAAUGGACAGAGUAUUUGGAAAAAACGAUUCAAAGAUGAAUUUCAUGACUCAUUAAAGCAUAAUGCUCGAGGAAUUAUGUCAAUGGCUAAUAAUGGUCCAGAUUCUAAUGGUUCCCAGUUUUUCAUCACCUACAGUAAACAAACCAUGUUAGAUAUGAAAUAUUCGAUCUUCGGAAAGUGAGCAAAUUUUAAAACAGGCUUCGAUCCUACUUUUUUUAACCAUUAGCUACUGUUUAGGACUUCGUAUUUAUUUAAUGAGAUCGUUCGGAUACAGGAGCUUAAUUUAGUUAUCUAUUCUAAAAUCAACUGUUAGAGUAAAGUACAACCAUCGUCAAAAAUAAAGGAUAAAGCUGUAAUAUAGGAUAACUGGUUUGGGGUUUCUCAGUCAUAAUAAGCGUAGAGCUUGUCACAAAGUAUAUGUUAGGUAAAACUAACAAGAUGAUCAGUAAACAAGCCGGAAUAAUGGAGGUAUGAAUGAUAAUAAGUAAAACUAAAUAUUGAAAUUGUGGUUCGAAAAUAAUUUAUGUAUGAAGGAAUGUAGAAGCUCAAAAUCUCAAUGUGAUUUAAGAGUGAUGGCAUCUGUACUACUGAUUAAUUUUGAGUCAUGUCACCCAAUGUCCCAAAUCACUGGUCACAAUAUCUCGUAAGUCAUGUUUCACAGUCAUAUUGUAAUAUAGAGCGAAGUGUUACCCAGAAUACUCCUUUGGUUGCUAGAUAGGCAUUUCUACUUCAUGUAGUGAGCAAGUUGACAAGAGCCAAUCGAGUUUUCCGAAUCCAUGCCAAGUGUAGGAUUCGAUGCCAAAGGAAGUGAAUACAUUCGAAAUAUCAAGACCAACCUCAGACAUCACAUAAAUUUUCUUACUAUCAUGAAGCUUUGGAUAGCCUGUUGUUUGUCAUUACACUUUGAUAUGGCUUCUUUGAUCCUAUUUUCAUUGUUUUUCAUCCUACUGCAAUGUAUAUACAAUACUUAAUAGUCGAUUUGAUUUAUAUCUGGCAACCACUUUGCUAAAAUAUCAGUUGGAAAAAAUUAUGGUUAAACCACAUAUUAUUGGUUCAGUAGUGUCUAGUAUUAAUAUUGCUGUCCAGCCGGGUUGUUUGGUACUCCUUGAUAAUGGAAUUUAAAGUGUUCAUUUCUUUCUGUUUAUGACGCCAUUGUAAAAGAUUCUAAGGUAUGCCAAAUAAACUAUAGUUCUAAUAUAUCACACUCUUUGUCCUUAUGAGCCAACUAUCCUGUAAUCUUUUUCACUAUGCUUUUACCACAGUCACCAUUUAGAUUUUGAUUUAAGCUGAUGGAAAAACUUCAUUUUGUUAGCGUAUAACAAGUUUAUAUUAUAUUUAUCGUCUAAGUAUGUAUUGGAAAAUAUCCAGGUAUAAAACGAACUAGUUUACUAUCAAUGACCGAUGUGUGUAUACAGCCAUUAAGACCAUAAUAAAAACUUAAUAAAUUAUCGCCUCUCAUAUUACUUACUUGUAAUCCUGUAUAUUCUGGUGAUCAGUACAAAUCAGAUUUACUUAAAGUGCUCUGAUACUCUAGUUGAUUAUUUAACUAGAAAAAAUCAACAUUUAAAUAAUUGACUGAUUUCUAACGUCUUUAUGUUUAUUAUUAUCCAUGGAUAGAAAUAAUCAGUUAUUUUUUAUGUUUCACGUGACCAGUGACUUUAUGAUUGAAGCAACUGAGCCUCCAACUAAGGUACCAAGUUCGAAUUCCACCAAAUAGUUUCUUAAACCUCCACAAUCUAUUUUAAUAUAAGUAUUUUAAUCAAGUUCAAUUUGUUUUCAACAACUCUUGGUUUAUGAAGAUUAAAGUUUGUUAUAAAUGAUCAAAGAAAUUAGUUCAAAUUCACUGUAAACUAAAUAUUAAGUUAGUACUGAAAAUAGUUCGAUUCACACUCUGAAGUAACGGCAUUUAAACCUCUAUUUUAAAUCCAAAGUUGUAAACUGUAGACUUGUUUGAUUUAUUUAUUUAUUUAACACAUACACAUUGGUACAAAGAGGCACCAAAUAGAUAUGCACCACAUAAAUCAUUUGAUUUGAGUAAGGGCUGUGAUGCUGCCCAGGUGCUCAAACCAAAACAGGUGGUUUUCUUUGGAGGCCACACUCCAAGCCUGUGAUCUAAAGAUCAGGUCCACAAGGCAGUGAAGCAACGUAAGGAGAUGCAGUCCCAUGGU